GUGAAGGGCCGUGACCGGAAGUGGCGUGUCUUUCUGCUGGAGCCGGAGGAUGCGCUUCUUCCUGUGACUCGCAUCAUCUCUCCGGCUGAGACUCUGCUCGUCGCACAAUUCCUGUCCCUCCUUGCUCCCUCAGAUUUCUCGCUGAUUACGGGGGGAGGGCGGUGAGGAACCAUGUGGGAGUCACAUGAGCGACGAGGAUGAGGCGUAAACAACGAGGGGGCAGCCCGAGGAGCCAACAGCUGCACAGUGUCCACCGCUGGGAGGGGGUCCGCUGCAGCCCCCCGUGUGUCCCCGUGCACCCCCCACCAGCCCGGUCCUGAACGUAUGCAAUGAACAGCACCACUCAGCCCCCCGCCAUCGUCGAUGGGAACGUGGCGGCCAGCUACGUGUUGGUGCCGUUCUUCCUCCUCACCAUCAUUGGGAUAGUUGCGGCUGUGUGCAUGUAUAUCCGGAAGAAAAGAAGAAUUGACAGACUCCGUCAUCAGCUGUUACCGGUUUACACGUACGAUCCUUCAGAGGAGCUGAAUGAAGCCGAACAGGAAAUGUUGUGGAAAGAAGAAGACACACGGGUUGUUCAAGGCUGGGCUAAAAGUUAUCAACAGCGGCGCCCUCUCCUGACCAAAGAUGUCAACGCAUGAUUGCGGCGAACCAUGGCAUCAAACAUUUGUCGGCGUGGAGACGACCUCCUGUCAUGGCUUUCCUCUACCACCCUCUGGAGCCGUCUUUGACUACAUCAUCCGAGAGUCAGCUUUCUCCUCGUUGGGCACAUAGUGACUGUUGGUUUGCGAGGUUCGGAUGCUAACCCCGUGUGCCUGCCGGACGCUCUACCUUACACUUAUUUAUUUGAAAUUAUUUAUUCGACCUCCGUUUUACCGUGGUGUUCGGAGUGAAGAAAGGUGGCGUGCGGGUAGAGAUCCAGAUUCCUGUGGGUGUUCUCGACUGUUUAUAUUGUCAGCGUGGGCGACAGUUCUGUUCCUGUGGGCGGCAGCAGGGAUUUGUUCUCACUAUGUUUUAAAGGCUGUGGUUAGAGUUUGAAUGUUCUGCACUAGUUAAAGAAAUCCCUCCUGCUGCGACAGGGGGUGUGAUCGGUGCCUGAGGUGGUUUACAUUGCUUUAAAAAAAAAAAAAAGUUAGUUUUCAAUUAGUCACAUUUGUUGCUGUAACACUGUUUCCAAAGAGCUUUAGAAUUAUAGCUGUUGACUUAGGUUUGAUACAUUUUCUGUUUCACUUUGAGUCAAGGUUGAACACGUCCUCUUUGGUUUGAAGUUGCCCACCAGAUGAUCUGCCUCUUUUUUUUGAUGCGGUCGAGCUCAAAUCCUAUGACUCCUAUCAAAGGCAUGAAAAGCCAGAUAUGCGAGUAAAUAACACCAAUAUCCUCUCAGCACCCAAAAUGAGAAGUGACUAGUGCCCUAAAAAUGUCCUGUCCAUGAGGCAUGGCACCAGAGGAAUCCGCUCGGAUGAAUACCAUAGGUCUGACUCAGGAAAAACCUGUCUUCUUUUUUUAAUUUUUUCCUCCAUGAUCGCUAACCUCUCGUGACCUUUGUCUGCCUCGCGUUUUGUGAAUGUAAACCUGAGAACAAUGGAACUGUGACACUUUUUCCGUGACGGGGGAACAACUCGUGCAUUGUAAUUGGUCUAAUGCUCUGAACUUGUGAUCGAUGUACUUCAGAAUGAGCUCACGCAAAAAAGCUUGGAGGUGUUUGUGCAGGAAACUAACUUGACCCCCCAGAACAUGCUCCUUGGUGCAACCUGCUCAUAUUUUACAUUUCAUUGUUUAUUUUCUAUGCAUAAACUGGAUUUCUUUUCACGUAGAAUGUUAAGCGUGAAAUUGGCCGUUCACAGUUCAGACUGUACAAAUGUCGGAGCAUAUAACUUUUCAUGGAUGACUCUGAUUUCAGGUCAAAGACUCAAAGAACUACUGAUGUAACUGUCGACUGUGAAUAGAAGCAAAGAUAUUAAGUUUGACUUGUCAGGCUGUUGUUGCUUUAAGUGACCGGAUGAGGCUGAUUUAAAAUGUUGAAGAUGUAAAUAAAAACAAAAAAUAUUA